AUGCUCUCGAUUGUAGAGGAUCUUCAGGCCUCCACUGCUAAAGAACCUCUUGAGAUUCUCCCCUCUGAGGUUGAAAUAACGAAGACCACGCUUAUGAAAAUGCACUUGAUAUUCCAUCAGGAGCAUCAAGCGCUGAGCCGACUCUGGCCUGUCUCCCAACUGGAUCACGGAUAUUAUAAGUCCAAGGUGGCCUCGCAAGAAGAAAAGGUAGUGCUGACCGUGCGAAAAUUGAUCACUCAGCUGGAGCACCGUCUGAGCCCGCCGCCGACCGCGCAGCCCGCGACGCACACGCAACCGCCCAAGCCUCGCCGCUCACGUCUGCCGGAGAUCGCACUCCCCAAGUUUGAGGGGGAGUAUAGUCGGUGGCACCAGUUCAAGGCCACCUUCGCCUCAGUGAUCACCGCACACGACGACCUCACUGACCUUGACCGGUUCCAUUACCUCAAGGGAGCCGUCUCCGGAAACGCUCCCCAUCUCAUCGAGCAUUUGCCCACGACGGAGGAGGCCUUCGCUGAAGCAUGGAAACUCCUCGACGAGCGUUAUGAGAACAAGCGUCUCAAUAUACAAACACACAUGGACCGGAUUUACAACCUAAAACCGAUGAAGGUCAGGAAGGCGGCCUCGCUCACCAAGAUGGCCAAUAUCAUGGGUGAAACGCUUGAAGCCCUGAAGAGCUUCGGGCUCUAUGACGAGCACAAUUGUUUUUUGAUUACCGCGCUCGUCCGUCUCUUGGACCCUGACACACGCGAUUUCUGGGAGUCAAUGCUGUCCACGCAGACGGAGUUUCCCACCAUGGAGCAACUUUCAAAGUUUCUGGUGGCACGCGCACGCAUGCUGUAG